AUGUUGGAAAUGCUUGAAUACAGCCAUUAUCAGGUGCAGUCCCACCUGGAGAACCCCACGAAGUACCACAUCCAGCAGGCUCAGCGGCAGCAGGUGAGGCAGUAUCUUACCACCACCCUGGGUGGCAAAGCCGGCAGCCAGUGUCCCAGCCAGCCCCCCGAGCACGGCAUGCCGCCCGGCCACGGCAGCAGCGCCCCCAACAGUCCCAUGGCGCUGCUCACCCUCAGCUCCAACUGUGAGAAAGAGAUGGAUGAUGUCAUUGAUGAUAUUAUUAGCUUGGAGACAAGUUACAAUGAAGAUGUUCUUGGACUUAUGGACCCAGGACUUCAAAUGAACAACCAGCUCCCUGUGUCUGGAAACCUUCUUGAUGUGUACGGCAACCAAGGACUUCCACUUUCGGGCCUCGCUAUCAGCAACUCCUGUCCAUCCAACAUUAAGAGAGAAUACACAGUUACUCCAGCUCCUGGCAUGAAGCAAGUGCUGGACAAGCCUGACCCCUGUAGCCUGUAUGAAAACUAUCAAAGGCAAGAGGGCUUUCCAGUAGAGGCUGAAGUCCGUGCUCUUGCUAAAGAGAGACAGAAAAAAGACAACCACAACUUAAUUGAACGAAGACGGAGAUUCAACAUCAACGAUCGCAUCAAAGAACUGGGAACCUUGAUACCAAAGUCAAACGAUCCAGACAUGCGCUGGAAUAAGGGCACCAUUCUCAAAGCCUCAGUGGACUAUAUCAGGAGGCUACAGCGGGAUCAGCAGAGAGCCAAGGAGCUUGAGUGCAGACAGAGGAAGGUGGAGCAUGCAAACCGCCAUCUGAUGCUUCGUAUACAGGAGUUGGAAAUCCAGGCCCGUGCCCAUGGCCUUACAGUGGUGUCCUCCUCAUCUGUCUGCACAUCGGAUUUGAUAGGCCGAGCCAUCAAACAGGAGCCCGUCCUCGGCGACUGCCCCGUGGAGCUCUACCAGCAUAGCUCUGCUCCCGACAUGUCCCCUCCGACCACGCUGGACCUCAACAACGGCACCAUCACCUUCGACCACAUUCCUGCAGAUGGCGAUGACUAUGGAACCUCCAGGACCUGUAACAUGAAGGAUUUGGUAAGGGACACCCUGUCGCCGAUGUCCCCAAGUGAUCCCCUGCUAUCCUCCAUGUCCCCAUGCGGCUCCAACGCUAGCAGCCUCAACAGUUCCAGCUCGAGUAUGGAGGAGAAGGAGCAUGGCUGUUAG